AGAUGUUGUUUUGCUCUGUACGCUAAGGAGCAUGUGACUGGUCCAGCGAGUUGCAAAUCAUAUGAUCGCUGAGCAGGCUCAGAUAAGAAGCUGAGAUGCGUGGGAGAGAAGCGUAGAGAAAUCUGACACAGACUCUGCUGAAUAGGCAGCAGAAGCCAGCAGAUCUUUCUACGAGAAGCUCGACUGCAAGGCCAACAGGAAACAUGGACUGUGGUGUGAUCACCUCCAAGACAGUGCUGCUGCUGCUCAGCCUCAUCUUUUGGGCCGCAGCAGCUGGUCUUGGCUAUGUUGGGGGAUAUGUUAUUAACACCUACAAGAAUUAUGACAGCUUUGUGCAGGACAAGUAUGCCAUGCUGCCAGCAGUGAUCAUCAUUUGUGUUGCUGUAGUGAUGUUUAUCAUUGGGCUGAUUGGCUGCUGUGCCACUAUCCGGGAGUCACGUGUUGGGCUGGGACUUUUCCUGGUCAUUAUCCUGAUUAUCUUUAUUGCAGAAGUGGCAGCUUUUGUUAUGGGAUUCAUUUACAGAGAAAAGGUAAAAACAGAUGUGCAAGGCACAAUGCAUACAGUCUUCCAGAAAUAUGACGGGAAAAGUCCGGAGUCUGGUGUUGUGGAUUACUUGCAAGAACAGCUUCGAUGUUGUGGAGUAACUAACUACACCGACUGGACAACUACCCAGUGGUUUAAUACCACUGGCAAUAACAGUGUUCCUCUGAGCUGCUGCAAACAAGACAUUAAGAACUGCACAGGACAUCUGAAUGAGCCACAGGAUCUCAAUAUGCAGGGCUGUGCAGAGAAAGUGGAAAAUGGGCUACAGGCUGUAUUGAGCUAUGCUAUGCUCGUGAUCCUAGGAUUUGCCAUCAUAAAGUUCUUUGGAAUGCUGAGUGUCUGUGUGCUCACAUGCAAGAGGGAAGACAAUGGCUACCAACCCCUGUACUCAGGGGUAUUUGCUUGAUAAGGCGAUGGAAAGAUCAUUUUUCAUCUGCUUCUUGAUGAUAAAAUGGAUUUGUAUAGAUGCCCCAAAUGGACAAUGUAUUACCCCUUUGUUAAAUACUGUAUUUUAUUUACAUGAUCAGAAAGAACGCUGUUAAGAUUUGCAAAGGUUUUAAGUGUAUCAUGUGAAAUGACUGCUUCAGUGUGCAGUGUCCCUUGGUAACACCCUGGUUUCAUGUACCUCGACUUUCUUUAAGGCAGUUUCACACUGUGUGGCAUUCUCUAAAAUGACAGCAAAUGUUGUUGUGAUAGACUCCAAAAAGAAAUCCUACUUCUUGCAAGUUUUACAUUUGUCAGACCUAUUUGUCAACUGAAACUUAAAGAAGAAAUUGUUUUUAAUCAUUAAACCGAUAAUGCAGCCAUGGUG